AACUCCGGCCCCAGCCCAGGGCCAGCCCAGUCGCCGCCGCCCGCCCACAAGGCUCAGGCAGGUGCAGGCGCUGCCCAGGCGCCAGCGGGCAGAACGGAGCCGUUAGCGCGCGCCGUCGGUGCCUCCGUCCCUCCGUCCGUCCGUCGAGGCAUCGGUCCGCCGGCGCGCGGCAGCUCCCGCCCAGGCCCAGCGGCCACGGCCCCUCGUCGCCCCGCACCCUGAGCCGCCGGGCGGAGCCGGCUUUGGCGCGGCAGCCAUGUCCAUGGGCCUGGAGAUCGCGGGCACGUCGCUGGCCGUGCUGGGCUGGCUGAGCACCAUCGUGUGCUGCGCGCUGCCCAUGUGGCGCGUGACGGCCUUCAUCGGCAGCAGCAUCAUCACGGCGCAGAUCACCUGGGAGGGCCUGUGGAUGAACUGCGUGGUGCAGAGCACCGGCCAGAUGCAGUGCAAGGUGUACGACUCGCUGCUGGCGCUGCCGCAGGACCUGCAGGCGGCCCGCGCCCUCAUCGUCGUGUCCAUCCUGCUGGCCGCCUUCGGGCUCCUCGUGGCACUCGUGGGCGCCCAGUGCACCAACUGCGUGCAGGACGACACGGCCAAGGCCAAGAUCACCAUCGUGGCGGGAGUGCUCUUCCUGCUGGCCGCCUUGCUCACCCUGGUGCCGGUGUCCUGGUCGGCCAACACCAUCAUCCGGGACUUCUACAACCCGCUGGUGCCGGACGCGCAGAAGCGGGAGAUGGGCACGGGCCUGUACGUGGGCUGGGCGGCCGCGGCUCUGCAGCUGCUGGGCGGCGCGCUGCUCUGCUGCUCCUGCCCGCCGCGCGACAAGAAGUACGCGCCCACCAAGAUCGUCUACUCCGCGCCGCGCUCCGCCGGCCCCGGCACCAGCACAGCCUACGACCGCAAGGACUACGUGUGAGGGGCAGCCGCGGGGAGCCCCCAGCACCCGUCGAGCUACAGCGCCCCUGCCCGGCGUGCAGCCUCUCCUCGGAGACCAACCCACUCCAGACGCCCGGAGCUCUCCCACUGGACUGGGAGGGGCCAGCCCGGCGGCCCCUUCCCCAGCGGCAAGCAACCUCCCCCCCCCACCCCCGGCCCGGGGCCAGGAGUGGGACCAGGGCGCGGGGGGUGGGAGGACCAGCCCGCACGGACAGUGAAACCUUGCUCCUCUGGAGCGCGAGGCUGGGGUGGCCGCCGCUGCUCGCCAACCCCGUCGGUGGUCGCGGCCCCAAAGCCCGCGUUGGGCAGGGACCGGCAGUCUUGAAAAGGGCCAGUUGAUAUUUUUCAAUAAAAGCCUUUCGUUUUGCA